CAUUAUAGCGUGUAGUUCGUGUCAAAAUAUCGUGUACAUGUUGUGCAUGAUAAUAUUGCGGUCACUCUUUUAUUGUCAUUUCUAAUUCCAAAACCUGGGGCAAUUUACACAUAAAACGCAGGCUUCAGUGAAUAAAAAUGGCGGACGAUGACAAUCCGACUGCUGCUGAUCACACUGCUGAAGACGGCGGGGCAAAAUCCAAACAGAAAAGGAAGAGAAAAACGUCGGCGAUCAGCUCGACGGCCAAGCCCAAGUUCAAGGAGAUGGUGGAGGAAGCGAUCGGCUUGACUCAAGACCGCGGCGGGUCCUCCCUGCAGGCGAUCAAGAAGUAUCUCUCCGCCAACUACGGACUGGACAGCCAUAACACCUACAUCCGCAAUGCUAUCAAGAAGGGUGUGACACGCGGGGAUCUGAUCCAGGUGAAAGGGUCCGGGGCCAGCGGCUCGUUCAAGCUGAACUCGGCCAGUGCGCCCAAGCCAACCGCCCAGACCGUACGGCAGAAGGACUCAGACAAAGUGCGGCAGGAGAAAGACGCCAAGUCGGUCCGGGAGGCGCAGCGGAUCGCCAGGAACGCCAAGAAGGCCACGAAGGAACGGCAGGCCAAGCGACUGGAAAGCCAGAGGAAGAUUGUGAAAGCCAAGCCAAAGGCCGGGAAAAAGGGAAAGACGCACAAGAAGAAAGUGGAGAAAAAGAAGACGCCCAAGAAGACGCCCAAGGCCAAGAAAGGGUCGAGAAAGUGACCUAGACAUAAGCUAGACCAAAAUGUUCUCUUCCAAGAUUAGAGAAUUAUUAUUGACAGCCAUUUAGAACACAUGGACCAGGAGAUUCUUGAAAUGAUCAAAUAAUUUUAUUUUAUGGAAAGUGCAGCUAAAGUUGAGCUAUUAAACAUCCGAGGCAAAAUAGAGAGUUUGCACAGGGCGCCCUCACUGUUGGCAGCCAAGCUCUCUAUGGAGUAUGGGAAAUAACAUUCUUCGCUCUUGCGCUACCCAUGAAUUAAAAGGUUUUCAUCAACUUUAAAAAAACUCUUGUCAAAGGACAUAUGAAGAUCAACAUUUGAAAUAUUUGCAUGUUUUUAAUGGCUUUUUGGCCAGUAUUUGUCUGUAAUUAUGCAAGAAUGCAGGUAAUUUUAGUUGUAUGAUGACAUUUAUUAGAAAAACUGCUGUUAUACUACCCAGUAGAUAGUGGGCAGUGUUAGGACAACUCAUUAACUUGACCCUUGGAAGAUCUUUCAAAAUCCAAGUGGCUUUGGAAUGAUUUUGGAGGAUUGUGGAAGGUACAGCCAAACCACAAUUAAAUUCAACUGGGACAAAAUUCAAUAGAUAUAGAAUGGCUAUUCUCUUGAAGUUUCUGAACUAAUGAUAAGCCAGAUUUCAUUGGUGUUGCGGGGCAAUCCGAUACAAUAGCACUGCCCGGCUCGCAAGUCAGAAGGAACAAAGAGAACACUAUAGCCUGGCCCUCUGGGCCCAGCAAUAAAACCCGAACACAACACGGUUGCAUUUAUUCAAGUUUUCUUCUUUUAUUGUGCAGCACAUGCAUGCCAUACUUGUAUUCAAUUUUUCAUCUUCUUACUCCUUACACUUUGCAUGUAUCUAAUUGAUGUAUGUUUUCACUACUGUUCAUUCAAUGCGCACUAAGUGCUCAAUAAAACAAUGAAUACAUGCAAUGUGCACAUGCAAUGAA